AUGGACGGCGCCGCAGCAGCACCGACAGCCGCAUCAGCAGACGUCCAGGCGCUUCGCGCCCGGCCGCAGCCGGGCAACGGUGCAUCAGCACCGCCGCCACCUCAGCAGCCGCCCCAGCAGCCGCGCGCCCCGGCCCGGCAGGCCCGCUGGGCGCCGCAGCAGCAGGUGCUGCGGAUCGAGUCUGAGGCCGCUUUCUGGGCGCUGCUCUCGCUGCCGCUGCUGGCGUGGUGGGCGUGCGUCCUGGCGGGCGUCUGGCUGCACGAGGGCCUCCCGUUUGGCCAUAAGAAGGCUUAUCACCUGAUGCUCUGGUUCGACUCUGCUGUGUUCCGGCCCUUCGGCCAAGCGCUGCCGUUUGCCGUCCUGUUCGCGCGCAUCUGGGUCACCACGAAUUGGUGGGGCAGCGGCGGCAUACGCGCGCGGCCGGCUGCCAGGGCUGGGCGGCAGCAGCAGCAGCAGCAGCAGCAGCAGCAGCAGCAGCAGCAGCAGCAGCAGCAGCAGCAGCAGCAGCAGCAGCAGCAGCAGCAGCAGCAGCAGCAGCAGCAGCAGCAGCAGCAGCAGCAGCAGCACCAACGUUUGCAGGCGACGCUGGCGUGGGACUGCUUGCUGCUGUAUGCAGCAAUUGCUCUGGCGCGAGGCGUGGUCUACCUGCUGCACUACCGCGCGCUAGAGUCCAAGCUGCUGACUGUGCACAUCGUGAGCGACCACAUAUUCCUUGGCGCCACCAUCCUCAUCUGCCUCCACGCAGAGAUCGUCUGCAUCGCCUCUGACGCCGCGCGCCACGUGCGGCGCGGCGCCGUGACGGCGCGCGAGGUGGGGCUGACGCUGGUCCUGGUGGCGGCGCUGCUGCUGACGCUGCUGACAGCCGCCGACAUGUUUUUCACCGCCAAGAUCUACCACGUCCCUGAGGAGUCCCUGGCGACGGCGGUGCUGGCGUUCCUGGUCUUCCAGGCUCCCGUCCUGCACUGGCUGACCACGCGCCGCCGGGAUGGCGCCGUGAUCGGCGUCGCCGGCGUCAGCGCUGGCGCUGGGGUUGGGCGUGUAGGUGCUCUUGCCGGCGCGCGCGCGACCAGUGGAGCCGGGCGGUUGGAGCAGCAGCUGCCGCAGGAACCAAGGGCGCUCGGACCGUGUGACGGCCAACCCUCUGCCGCAUGCAACGGCGUCCCGGGCCUCUGCGGCGUCCCCGUCCGCAGCGCGACCUGGCUGGGCACCCACAACAGCCUCGCCAUCGCCAGCGAGCUCGCCUGCCCGCUGCGGCGGCAGUUCUCGAACCAAGCGGCCCCGGUGCUCUCGCAGCUCGCGGCGGGGGCGCGCGUCCUCAACAUUGAUGCGGACCUCAGGGCCGGCCGCGUGAUUUUCGGCCACGGCCUCUGCGCCAACGCGCGCACGACGCCGGCGGUGCUCUUUGAUCAGCUGGGCGGCUGGCUGGCGGCCCACCCUGGGGAGACCUUAGUGCUGCACUUUGACGACAACGGGCAGAAGGACAACGCUGAUGUGGCAGCUUCCAUGCGGGACCAGGUCAUGUCGCUCAUGGCGGCGUCGCCGCUGGGGCCAUUCGUGCGAUCCGAGGCGGUCGGCCGGGACACCCUCAUGUCGGACGUCCGAGGGAAGGCGGUCGUCGUCUUUGACGCCCCGCAGUGGGGCGGUGGCGGCGCGGCGACGAGCUCGCGCGGCGUCUGGCUCAAGGCCUGGGGCGAGGCGUCGUCGGACCGGCUGUACGCGACGGACCCCGCCCGCGCGGCCGCGACGCGCGACGAGGUGUCCCGGCAGCUGCUGGCCAGGUUCUCGAGCGGCGCGUGGGGGUCGCAGGGCGCGCGGUGCGGCGCAGACGUGCCGUUCCGGUCCUUCUCCUUCGGCUCGGGCGACUGGCAGUGCCUCCCCGGCGUUGAUGUGUCAACCUGCCAGCUGCCGCUGCUCGCCAACGCCACCAACGACUACGGCCACCUCGCGGCCACGCUGCGGGAAACAGCGGAGGCGUGCGGCGCGCCGGCGGGGCCGCCGGGCGUCAACGUGCUUUUCCUGGACUUCUUCCCGCCUCAGGAGGGCGCCGCCGCUGCCGCCGCCUCGGCCGCCCCAUCUGGGCCAGUGCAGCUGGUGCGGGACCUCAAUCGCGCGGCGGUGGUCAAGUUUCAGGGCUGCAGCUGGGGGGCGGCCGGCGGCGGGAGCAGCAGCAGCAGCGGCGGCGGCAGCAGCGGCAGCCGGUCGGGGGCGCUGACAUGCCCCGGGAUUGAGGCGCUGGACCUCGAGGCUGCAGCUGCCGCGCCGGCCGCUGCUGUCGCACAGGCCGACGCGCCGGCGGUGGCGGCGCAAAGGGGCCAGGCGGCGCCGGACGCGGUGACGCGCGGCAGUGGGGACGGCACGACGCAGGCUUCGCAGGCCGCCGGCGGAGGCGCCUUGGUUGUUGCGAGCGCCGCACCCGGCUCUGCAAACCGCUCGUCGAGCCCGACAGGCGCAGCACCUGCAGCGGCGGUCGCGUCCAACGCUGGGGCGCCCGGUCCGACCAGUCUCAGGUUGGCGGUCUCGGCUACGGCCAUUGCUUUGACGGCGGCCGCCCUUGCUUUGUGA